AUAUUCUUCCGCAAAGUUUUUGAACGAAGAAAUUGAAGCGGGAAACAACAAGUGACGCCAUUUUGGACGCAGUUAUCGUCUGGAAACUCUGUUGCUGCAUCGAAAUUAAUGAAAUAAUGAUCUAGUGGCGAUUUACUGUACACAGCACAAUGUUUUAUGCUCAUUUUGUCCUGAGUAAGAAGGGUCCUUUGGCCCGAAUUUGGCUGGCUGCUCACUGGGAUAAGAAACUCACCAAAGCACAUGUUUUUGAGACCAACAUAGACAGCAGUGUGGAGGCAAUUAUGCAGCCUAAGGUCAAACUAGCACUGCGGACAUCAGGCCACUUGUUGCUAGGAGUGGUGAGAAUUUAUUCCCGUAAGGCUAAGUACUUGUUAGCUGACUGCAAUGAAGCCUUUGUGAAGAUUAAGAUGGCUUUCCGUCCAGGAGUAGUGGACUUGCCAGAGGAGAACAGAGAAGCGGCUGUGGCUGCCAUUACACUACAGGAGAACUUCCAUGACUUUGACACUACUCUUGCUGACCUCAAUGACCUUGAUAUGCAUGCUCAGUUCUCAGUGAAUCAGAGUCGUCCAGAAGACAUCACAAUGAGAGAAGAUCUUUCCAGUAUAGCUUUUGUUGGGGACGAUGGUUUUGGUGAUGUUGGCUUUGAUGACAGGGAGAUUUUAAGAGAUGACUCUGAAAUGGAUGACUCCCUGUAUACCAAUCGCAGCAGUAUUCGCCCAGUGGAAGCAGAGGAGAAAACUCUAAAUGAGCACACAUCAGAGAAGCCAAUGGAUGUAGAUUUAAACCCAGUGGUAGAUAAUGAUGACUUUGGAGGUGCGGUAGACGGAGGAUUCAUGGAUGACGACCAUGAGCAUGAUGACGACGAUGAUGAUGAUGGGGGCUUUGGAGGUGGGGUAGAUCAGGAAUUCUUCGGUAAUGACUUUAUGAAUGGAGGAGGCUUGUUUGAGGAUGCUCCAUUACCAGUAGGAGAAGUCUCAAUGCCAGCUCCCCUAGAGGCAGAAAAGCCAGAAGAAGCAAAAGAUACUCAGAAUAAUGAGACAACCAACACAACAUCAGCUACAGAGCCUACCAUGAUUCACAAUGCCCCAGGCACAUCAGGGGAACAAACCACACUGAUUAACAAUGAAGAGGAAGCCUUUGCAUUACCUCCCUUAGAUGCCACACUCUUCCCAGGUGCUGAGAAAAAGAAGAGGAAAAGGAAACUGAUUGUUGAUGAACAGAAAGGGUUUCCAAGUGAGACAAUGAAGCUACAGUUGUCAGAUACCUCUGACAUCAUAACAACACUAGAUCUGGCCCCACCAACCAAAAAACUUAUGCACUGGAAGGAAACGGGAGGUGUAGAAAAGUUGUUUGCACUUCCAGGACGAGCCAUCAUUUCUAAAACUGCUUCUAAGUUGUUCUCUCGGAAUCUGAUUACUCGUCAAGUGAAGGAGGAAGAGGAGUCAGAUCAAGAUAAAUUAGAUCUAGAGGCGACGGAAAUUCUAAGGGAGGAACAGGAGAGAUCUGCAGCACCCAUUCAGGAAGUCAGUACUAUAAUAGAGGAGCCAUCAGUCCUAGAGGAAUCCACUGCCAGCACUCGAACAAAACGCAGGGAGAGACAGUCCCUGAAAUCACCCAAACCUGUUCCUACCCCAUCCCGGGAACCAGACCUCUCACUGAACAACACAACAAAUCCACAGUUCUCCAACACCUUCACAGAGGCCCCCAUAGACUUACCAGGGGGACCACCUUCCUUACUGAACCCACAUUUGGAUCCAUAUGAGACGGAACCACCAUCUAUUGCUCCGUUUUCUGUACCCCCUCCCAGUGUCCCUCCACAGUCUGUUCCCCCUCCCUCAGUACUGCCACAUGAUGCACCGUCAUUCAAUGUAGAAGCAGAGGUGGACAAUGAUGCCAUGCCAGAAAAUGAAGAACAAGAGGAGAAGAGGUGGACAAAGAGAACUCAGUUAAUGCAGCAUUCACUGGAUGUAGCAUUUAGAUACAAGAACACUCUCAGCUUUAAAGAAAUGUCUAGGAACUUGAACAGAAAACAGGCAUGCUCAAAAUUCUAUACACUGUUAGUUCUGAAGAAGUACCAGGCCAUUGAGGUACAUCAACCGCAGGAGUUUGGAGACAUUUACAUAGACAAAGGUCCAAAGUUUGGACUUAUCUGCUGAGUUUUGUCAUUCAUAUAUAUAUAGUAGUACUACAACACUUUAUCAUGUACAUGUAUGUUGUGUGACUGGUCAGAAGUACAUGUCUGUCUUAAUAUGUCUUAAUAUGUUCUACAGUGGUACAGUGACAUCAUUACUUAAAACCAUUUUUUUCUCUCUCAUUUUUCUACAGUGUUGAAUUUUUAUAUGAACAUAAACCAACAAUGUGAUAUUUUUUGGAAUCUUUUGUAAAUUCUGUUUUCUUAAUUCAUUACCCUUUCACCAAACCUUGUAUGGUUAAGUUUUUAAAAUUUUAUCCAAGUUUUUUUAUGUAGAAAAAUUAAAUGCAACAUGAUGCAGGAAAUUAGCUUACAAUAAAUCUGUGUUCAUUAUACAUUUCAUGUAAGGAAAGAAAAUGUUUUUAAAACAUUUUAAUUGUACAUUUCAGCAAAUAUUAGUUAAGGUACAUUAUUUAAUGUAAUGAUUAUAAUUACAACCUGUCCUUAUGUAUAUAUAAAUGCAUUUGUAUAUGCUACAUAGAUUACACAUAUACUUUGCCUAAUUUUCUGGUAAACAACUCAAUGCAUUGAAGUGGACAACAGUGAAGUGUUGUAAGACACUCCACACAAACAGAGGCAGCUUCAUCUUGUCAGAGAGAUGCUUUUCCUAAUCAUCUCUCAUGUUCUGUCUGUUUUAUUUGGCUCAUGUUUUACUCCAUGUCUAUUUUAUCUAAUUUUAGGAAACUGACAAAUUUUCUGUGUAUAGAGUAAAUUCAUAGACCUCAACAUCGCAUUGUGCAAUAAAUACUGAAAAAUGCA